AUGUGUCUCCAAACUACCACAUCCUACUCAAACUGCCGCGCCGUCCGCGUUCACCUCGACGUCUGCGCAUCUCACAUCGAACACACUCGCCGUCAACUCGACAAUGCACCGUGCCCCAAGUUCAGCAAGACCCACCAACACGUCACGAACACCACCCGCUGCUUCUGCAAAGAUUCUGCCAGCCUGGGCCGUCAUGCCGGUUCCACUGUUGGCGUUGGCUGUGCCCGCAUGGCUUCCAGAGGAUACGGCGAGAACGGAUUGACGUGGGGGUUUGAGAAGGGUCCCUCUUUGGGCCUGAAAAAGAAGAAGGAUCGGGCGAGGGAGAAAGCUAUUGAGAAGGAGAAGGAGGUUGAGGUCAAAAUGGAGGAUGACAGUGAUGAUGUGAGCAAAUCUUGGGCGGAUAUAAACGCUGCUAGUUGCUUCGGUGAUGCGAGCGGAAGCGGUGCUUCGCAUGGUACUGCUGAAGAAGGUAUACGUAACAACCAGAUGAUGAUGGAAUCGAAUCAUCAACAAAGCAAGAAGGUCAAGUUUGAGAACAGCCCAUCAAGCCACGCUCAGUUUCCACCCCUUGAGCCAUUGAAGACUCGCGAUUUUGAUGUUGAUCACGAGAUGAACUAA